AUGUGGCAGAACGACUUCUGGAUCAAAGAUGACUUUGUCCAAAAGUUUGGCUCCCGGCGGGUCAAGACCAACAAUGGCCACUUUGACCAUCUGCGGUCAAAGGAAGUGCUGACGCUGGAGCAGUACCUCAAGCAGAAUGUCUCCGAAUGGAAUCUUUUCUUUGCCGACAUGGCAUACUCUUUGCAACGUGAUGUUUGGGACAGCCUUGGCGCCGCAGUGGAGCCGCCUCCUCUCCACGGCUUUGAUGCGCGACCAAUCUUGUCGAUCGGGACGCAGGCCUCCUCUACGCGGGCACACAGUCAUGCUGAGACAUGGCAGCUCCUACUCGCAGGCCUCAAAGCGUGGUGGCUAGCAAAGCCAGGCCAGUCGAGCGUUGCACAGCUGCAAAGCCUGUGUGGAAGCCCAACAGCUCUGCUCUGA